UAUCGAAGUACGAUAUCGAUAUAUCGGUUUAUUACUAUCGAUAUAUCGUUGCCAAUUUGCCAAUAUUUGCCAUCCCUAUUUAUGGUACCGCGACCGAGCACACCAACCGGCUUCGUACCUAUCGCCCGUGGCCGCCGUUUUUGCAUUUUGGGACUUGAUAUCUAGCCAGUAGCCAUGCUCUGCGGUUUCACGUGGUCUAUCCAACUGUCGGCUGUCGAUCAAUAAUUCAUUUUUGCGAUAUCUACGCUAAAGUCCACUGCCUGAUCACCAACCAUGAAACUGUUGACCCACAAUUUGCUGUCGUCCAAGAGUCUGAAAGGAGUCAAAGUAGGAUAUCCGCUUCGCAUUGUCGCAAAAGACGUCAAGAUAUCCGAAUGUGAAUUCAACAAAGAGUUUGUGAAGAAAAUCAUACCUAAACUUGAUUGGAAAGUUUUUGUUAACGCAGCUGUGGAAAUCGGCCAAACCAGUGACCUGUCUGAUGAGUUACUUGAUGACUAUGAGGAUGAUGAAGAGUAUCUCAAAAAAGUACAUCAUCUACUCAUGGAAGUAGAAAUUAUAAAUGGUGAACUAAUAUGUCCAGAAACAGACAGAGUGUUCCCAAUAUCAGCUGGUAUACCUAACUUAUUGUUAAAUGAAAAUGAAGUAUCAUAAACAUUACUUUUAAUUGGUUCAUGUAUGUUUUUCGUGCGUAUAAUUUUUUUUCCAAGGUUUAAUAAAAUAUGUAUUUAACCUGAUCUACAA